AAAUUCUAGGCGCUUGUCCCAGGCGUCCCAGUGAGAAAACUGCGCCUGCUAAAUUUCCGUGUGCUUUCCCGAUACAACACAGCGACCCACCCGAGUCGGCGCUCGCAGUGUGAACAUCGACAUCUAUGCCCAAGGAGUCCGCUUUUCCGCCAGCCGCUGCCAACGCUGACCAUUCGCGGCGCAGUAUUGACAGGUGCUGCUUGCGGCGCGCGCCCGAACGUGUGCAUUUGUCACUAGUCGUGCGCGCUGCGUGCUGCGUUUUCCCGAGAGCGCACACACCACGGCACACAACGAGUCCCGCAACCGCCACGAACGAAUCGGCCAUCUUGCUGUCUGUCUGGCCCAGCGCGCUGAGUUUGCGUACACCGGUCGCAGACGACGCGAAGUGAACGCCAUCGUCGGGGGGUUACGCCACCACAGCGGAGACACGUCGGACGGAGCGCGUACACGCGAGUGCGACCCAUCACAUCGCCGGUGCCGAUCAUACACUUUACACACACACACACACAGCGCCCCCGCGAUUAAAGAAGGGUAGCGCGGCGCGUGCAAGAUUUUCUUUCCCUAUCGGCCCCCUAGUGUAUUCGCGAAAGUGAUCGUCAGCUGCAAAGCACAUACAAAGUGGACUGAAUCAGACGACAGCCAGCCAGGAAAAUGUCAAAGCCGGAGCAGGUCCUGCGGAUCGAACCCCAAUAUGAACUCAAAUUUCAGGGGCCGUUCAAAGUGCCGGUGACUUCUUACAUGACACUGACGAAUCCAUCAGACAAAAAAGUAAUAUUCAAAAUAAAGACAACAGCACCGAAGAAAUACUGCGUGCGGCCAAACUCUGGACUGUUGGAUCCAAACGACACGAUUAAAUUAGCAAUCUGCCUACAACCGUUCACGUUUGAUCCGAGCGAAAAGAACAAGCACAAGUUCAUGGUGCAGUCACUGUUUGCGCCCGAUGGCGAGGUGAACAUCGAGCAGAUAUGGAAGGAGAUCAAUCCGGAGCAGUUGAUGGAUUCGAAGCUAAAGUGCGUCUUUGAGAUGCCGCCCGAUCAGAUGGAAGCCGGCGAAGAGGUAGUGAAGGUUAGCCCGAAAGUGUCAGUGAUCAACGCCGCUCCGUUACAUCCCAACGCCAAUUCCAGUGUGCUAGAGGGUGAUCUGAGGACCGCCACCACAGAAAUUCAGCAAUUGUCAGAAGAAAUCAGCAGCCUUCGCGCGGAGAAUCUGCGACUGAAAGAACAGAUGCUGCAAAUGAAGGUAGAUGUACAAUCGCGUUCCGGUGGCGGUAUCGCGGUCGGCGCCGCGCCCACCAAGUACCAGCCCGCCGUGCAGAUGCAGCAGUCGCUUAUGCUCAAGCGCCUCGCCACCAGCUUAGCAGUAGUCAUCGUCGGCAUCAUACUCGGCAAGUAUGUGCUCUGAACCUUUUCACUUUUAAGCGAACACACGAAACACAUGCAGACAACAAAUCUCUACUAUAUAAAUACAAUAUAAAUAUAAAUUAUACAAAACCAACAACAACAAACAUCAGAGAAGAAGAAAAAACUAGUAUAUGCAAGGAACUAGCAAAGCGGUCGGGAAAAUCUUAUAAAAAAAAUUACAAACACACGCAGAAACAUUUAAUCUGUACAUUUAUCGAUUGUAACAUAAAAAUCUUCGUGAAACAAAAUUACAAAACGACAACACGGCGUGCAGUAGAACGCAAUGAGUGUCUUCGGAAUACAACCAGAGACCAGCGAAGACACACAGAACCCAUUUACACACAACACACACAUUAAUAUGCUGAAAAGGAAACCGAAAGAUGAAAAUGACACUCACUGUAAUUAAUAUAAAUAUUUAAAUAUUGACUUAAUCUAUUACUUAUGUUGUGCAUUUUCGCGUUCGGCUGUUCGGCAACAACGGCCGCCGCGAAGAUAUUGUUAUAAAUAUAAAAUAAACAGAAUCAAUUAGAACGCCUUGCUGCGCCACGGUCGCAAUGUGCCCAGCGACACGCAGUUAACGUGCUAAAGAAAUCAGUUUCCUCGUUUUAGCAACGAAAGCCUUAUCAAGUCGUACUCUUAGAUGUAGGAGGUGAUCUGUUCACAUAUUUUCUUCAGUUUCUAAUCGAUUCCAAACGCUAACUGCCUUUUUCGUAAUGUUUUUCGACUGCGCUGCGUACGUUGCGAUCGGCUUGGGGGGCGCAAGAGCGGUAAAAGCAUGUGUCAGAUAUUUGUAAUGAAAGUGUUGAAAUGAAAAAAUAAGUAACAAUGAUGAUAUGCGUGUACGUCCAUCUAAAACGAAUGCUAAAUUUUCAAUUUAAUCGCUAAUAUUAUACGAUGCCGAAAAUGCUGACAAUGGAAAUGCAAUAUUCACACCGUGGCGCGGGUAACACGCUAAAAAGGAAAACUGUAAAACAAUUGUAAACUGCAUUUUAUGAAAGGUGCCUCCCCCACGAUUUGUUUUGUGUUGGCCUGUCUCUUUAUAAUUCAUAUAUCUCUUUAGCGAUUCGUUUUUAAUUUUAUCUGUGGCGGAUUUACAUUAUAUAUAUAUUUAAGCAAAAGAAAUGAGAGUUAAGCAAAAAACAUGGAAAUCAGAGGAACACUAAUUGAGUCAUUAAGUCUUAACGUUUUAUUCUUAGUCUUUGGUAGCACACAACCACUGAGAGUGAGCCGAGGUUUCUGGUAUUACUGAAUUAACUCUUAAACUAAAACUACAAACAUAAAUAAUAAAAACAUACCUUAUAUAGCAAACCCAUAACACACUUCUUUCUGAGUUCGAUGCAGCCGAACGUCUACCUAUAACUUAUUUGAGCGUGCAAUGCGUGUCGCUUUUAUUAAUUUUAUUUUAUUAAAAAAUACGAUAGUUAACUAUAUAUUUUUUAUUAUUUUUGUUGUACAUAAGUCGUAAGUUUUUGUAAGUAGGCGUCAAUGUUUGACAUUGCGUUGCAUUUUAGCGGAGUAAUUGUAAUUUCGUUUGAAUAAACAUUGUAAACAUUCGAAGAGAUGCGAGAACACGACCAGAAGAAGCGAUAACAAUUCGACGAUAUCACGGUACGGUGGAGGGAGUGGACGUAGUUCCAAACACGACGACGUUUCGCUUGCUUUGAACGUUUUUAAUAAACUCUUGUAAAACAUUUAACCUGUAAUGACACACAAAAGACGCCGGCAACCAGUGGAUUUGAUAUUUGACUCGGAAACCAAACAGAAAUAAUGCGUAGUGUAAUUAUAGUGGUGAUACUUUGGACUCUAUAUGUGUAUCAGCAAUGAGUUAUCAAGUUACCAAACUGGUUUUAUUAUUAAGUACGUUUGCAUACUAAGUAAAAAAAUACAAAACAACCAAAAAAAGUAAAGUGGUCAACAAGUAAAAAUACACGCAGACGUUGCAAUAAAAAUAAAAGUGGUAUUAAAAUAGA